ACGAAGCAGUUGGCUUAGUGUAUCGAAUCGUUUGUUGUACAAUUUAUCUAAUUUUAAUUGAUUUGUAAAGGGAGUGACGGCGCGGUGUUCUGAAGAUUUUUAUUUUUCUCUUGUCAACAUUCACACUUUCGCCACUUGUGAAUUGAAAGUUAGAAAAAUGUCAAAGAAAUUCUUAGAAAGGCUGUGUUUUGUAUAUAAAUCACAAGUGAAUAACCAUUUAUUGAUGAGAUCAGCGCGGACAUGGAUUGCUAAUAAACACUCUCACGUGUACCUGAGUCAAAAGCCUUUCCUGGGGAGGAUUAGCGAUGAGGCAACAGCCAAGGACUUUACAUACACCCUCUUCCCUAGUGAACGUCAGUUAUUAUAUGAAGAACUAAAAAAAACGGUGGAACAGACAGAAAGUACCCAAGGUGAUGUUGUUCUUCCCACUACUGCUCAGCUCAUAACAGCAUUUCAAUGUGGAUUUUGGCCAUUUAUAGGAUUUGGAUUUUUUGACAACUUCAUCAUGAUACUAGCUGGUGACUUCAUCGAGUAUGAAUUUGGUCAGUUGUUGCAUAUAUCUACAAUGGCAGCUGCUGCUCUUGGGAAUUUAGUGUCUGAUGUACUUGGAAUGUGGUUGGCAGGGAAAGUGGAGAGUUUAUGCAGAAGAUUUGGCAUACACAUGCCACAACUCACCAGUUCUCAACUGGAAUUGAGAAAAACAAAAAUUGUGGUAGUGUCUGGACGAGUGAUGGGGAUAAUUAUAGGGUGUGUAAUUCUGUAACUGAUUGUGUAUAAUAUUUACUUACAGGGACGAGUGAUGGGAAUAAUUAUAGGGUGUGUAAUUCUGUAAUUGAUUGUGUAUAAUAUUUACUUACAGGGACGAGUGAUGGGGAUAAUUAUAGGGUGUGUGAUAGGCAUGACCCCGCUCCUGUUUUAUUAGAGACCCAGAAACACUGUAACCUGAAGUGUUCAAAGAAUGACAACUGUAAAAGCUCCGGGAAUCUAAAAUUUGCAUGGAAAUAGAGAGGUACCACUCUUCCAUUCUAGUCUAGUUACAUCAGGAUGGAGAGGAACCAAAAGGAAUGAUCUUCCAUGGCAUGAAAAAAGUGGUACAUCUGGAAAUCUAAAGCAAUGCUUGCCACUUCCUAUGAAAGCUAUAGCAGUACAUUCUAUAAAUAGUGAUUCAUUAUUCAAUCAACGUUAGACUAUUGUUAUUUGUGAGGUCGCUUUAGUGUUUCAGGUGAUGUAUUGUGAUUAGUGGUUGCCUAUCGUUGUUCGUCAUGCAUUAACAUUUAAACAUAAUCAGUGUCUGUAAAUACACUGCCAUUUUCCAUCAAAUUUUGGUAGGGAAAAUCUUUGAGAUAAGGGGAACUAGGAUUGUGAAUUUCAUUGUCAAUGGACAUCUCUAUAUGGCCUGAAGGGUCAAAACCUUAAAAAUUCUGCAAUCUUUAAAAAUGUUCUUGAUUCGGGGGCAUCUAGCAGAAAAACUGUUAGUGUGAUUAUUAUGACAAUGGGUCAGGAAUUCUGGUGUUAGGGUAAGACUUUAUGGUUGAUAAAGUGAAAAUGUGUUAUUUCUUUAAAAAUCUUCUCGACUCCUAGACAUCAAACAAUGAAACUGAGUACAUAGUACUGAUCAGAAUAGAAGCCUUUACCAAAUGUGAAAUUCAUGGUCCCAAGAUAAGGUGUUCUAUUGCUAGGGUGGGGCUUUAUGGCUCAUGUAUUAAAAAGAGUUGGGGAGGAUCCAGGUGCUAGGGUGGGGCUCAUCUUUAAAAAUGAUGCUGUCUUUAAAGAUCUUAUUUGCUCAGGUGCAUCUAGCAGACAAACUGUGUAUAUAGUUAUAACUUAUGAUGAAGGAUGCCUCUACCCGAAAUGUAAAAUUCAUGGGUCAGGCAUUCUGGUGCUAGGGUGAAACUUUAUGGCUCAUAUUGUAAAAAUGCAUUAAUUUAUUCAAAAUCUCAUCUUUUUUACCCCUGCACAGCUUGAAGAAAAAUAUAUGCAUUGUUAUGAAGAGCAUGGAUCCUUGUAACAAAAUUGCAAAAUUGAUGACCCGUGGGCCAGAAGCCCAAAUGAGUUUAUUUAGAUAUCCUCUGAUUGCUUCUGUAUGUUGUGAAAUAAUACGGUAUACAUAGUUAUAAAAAGCAACAUUCUCUAACCCUGGACUAGGGGUUCCAAUCUUUCUCUAUUGUAUGCCUAUUAUACAAUGAUUUCCUUGAUAUCCACUACUAAUCCAUAACUAUUUAUAAAGCAGCAGUUUUUUGAAACUGUUGAUAGUAAAAUUUAGUCAUUUUAAUUGGUUUUUAUGUAUUUUUAUUAUGUUGCAUAACAAAAAAAUUAGGGGUAAUACAUAUGUUUAUGGUGUCUUUGAUGGCAACAUAUAUAUAUAUAUAUAUAUAUAUAUAUAUAUAUAUAUAUAUAUUCCUUGGUUAUUUAUUAAACUAUAUUAAGUGGAGAUUUCUACAGUUUUUCUACUUUGAAUCAUUAAUAUUGAUAUGUCACAUUAUAGUGGAGCUACCUUAAAUCUCUUGGACAUUGAAAUUUAAAAAAAAAUGAUUUAACCAUCUAAUUUUAUUGAGCUGUCCUUGGACAAAUUUUGCAUGUUGCUCAGGUGACCGUUAUGGCUUUUUGUUUACUGUGCAAUGAGUUAUUUCUAUAUCUUUUAACUAAAUCAAAACUUUGUAAUUUUGAAAGAACUUUUUCAAUGUAUAAGAGUUUUAAAUACAAUGUAAUUUGAACACAUGUAUUACGAUAUUAUCAUUAUUUUUUUUUUUUUUUUUUUUUUUUUUUUUUUACAUCUGUUAAGAUGAGUUUGUACAUUUUUAUAGAAUAUGAUUAAGUUUUUGCUGAGUACAUGUAUUUUUGUUUUCAUAAAUAGCCAUAGGCAGAAGGGUUUUGAAUCGGAGUAUCAUUGAUUCUUGUAGUUUAUACUAAUAUAUCAUUUUCAUCUUCUGUGAUAAACUGAGGAGGUACAAGAUGAUUGUGUGCCUAGUACAUUAUGUAUACAUGUACUUCUCCAGUCAUCUAGAAGUUCAUAGCAAAAUACUUUUGACUUGUUGAGGUGUAUCAAAAUAAGGAGAGUGAGGAAUGUUAACUGAGGAUCUAACUUGAGGAGUAAAACUUCUGAGCCAGAACAUAGAAGUGGUGAGAGUGAGUGGAAAGUAAUGUCAGUACGCUGGCAUGAUUUUGUUUUGUCUUAUUUGACCAUAUUUUUUUAAUCAUUGGCAGCCAUGACAUUGUAAUAAAAUCAAAGACACAUUUUACAGCAUUUUAAAUUCAUUUGAAAUGUUUGAGUUUAAAAAAAAACCCAGAUGAAAUGUUCUGUAUGUGACUGUAUAUAGAAUAUACAUACAUAUUUUAUGCUUAUGGUUUGUGUUUCUUGAUUAUUAUUUCCCCUUUGUCUUUCAAUAUUGUGUGUGCCUUUUCAUUUGCACCAGUAGUAUAUAUGUAAACAUUAGCAUACUAGUCUUGUUUACAUUGAGCAGAAUUGAUGUUAGUAUUUAUUGUAAUAUUAUAAGGAAACUAACUUUCAAAAACUGUACACUGAAGGAUAUUUAGUGAGAAUGUGAUCCCUGGAGGAUGUCAUUGUGUGUAUUAUUAGUAAAAGUUAGUACCUGUUCUUACUCUUUACGGUUUGCUACAAAUAUGGUAGUUUAAUUUAUUCCUGUCAACGUACAUGUUUAGUUUAUUCUCGUCAACAUACAUGUUUAGUUUAUUCUCAUACUGACUGCAACAAAAUAUAUUUUGCUCUUGAAAGGAUCUACAAAACACAAUGUACAUUUUAUAUGUAGGAAAAAUCUAACAAAAAAAUUGAUAUGGGGAAAGCAUUAUUUCAGGUGUUUCAAUUUUCCGAGAGUUGUCAUUGAUAAGAUUUGUCAUUGAUAAGAUUUGUCAUUGAUAAGGGGCAUAACUGCUGCCAAGGAUAUUGAAUUACUAUACAUUUUCUUGAAUUUCAACAAAAUUUUAGGAAAUGGAAUGAAAACGUCAUUUUCACAGCUAUAGUUAAACAUGUUCUUGCGAUUUAAAAGUCAAAUACUGUAAUCAUACAUUGUAUUCGAAAUCUAAGCAUGAUUUUUGCGAAACAAUUUCUAUGAGAGAUAUGAAUGUUGAAACAAAUAUUUAUUUUGAUUGUCCAAUAAAUAUUUUGCAAUACUUAGGAACAUAACCUUGUCAUUUACAUACAUAUUCUAAAAAUGUAAAUGGAAGCACAUGUUUUCUAGUUUUAGAUUUUAAUAUUCACUUUUAGAGUAUAUUCAUAUUAUAAACUUCAUAAUUAAUUUGUUUGUAAUUUUGUGAAAUAUUUUUAGCAUGAAUUUACAUAGUUACUUUAUUUUCCAUGCUAAUUCCCAUAGAAAAUUCUAAUUACAAAAUUCGAAUGCAUGAAAAGUGGUAUUUUUUUAAAGGUGAUUAAUUAAAUGUUCUGCAGGAAAUGAACAAGAAUAUUUUCUUUUGCGGUGAGGUUUGGUUAUUGUUAAAUGAAUUGCAUUUUGCAGAUGUCCAAAUGAAGGUAGUUCAUUACACCAAAAUUUUGUUUAAUGGCUCAUUAAAGCACCUCAUAUGAAGUAAGAUUUCACCAUCGAAAAGUGAUACAAGUUUCUCAGUUAGUUUAUAUGAAGUUUUGGUGGUUUACCUGAAAUGAUAAAAAAGGUGUAAAGCUAUUGAGAGCUUGUAUCACUCAUUUGAUGGUGAAAUCAUACUUCAUAUGAGGUGCUUUGACAAGUCAUUAAAUAAAUUCUGGUGUAAUGAGUCUCCUUAAAGCAGUAAAACUUCUAUGAGAACUGUAUAUGAAAAGAUUUCUAUAUCAUUGUUAAUAUGUCUAUCCUGUUAUUUCCCCCUCUGUAGAAAGAAGGACAUUGCUUUACUGUUAGGAAUUUGUGUUCUGGGCAGCUGGUGGUUCUCAUUAUUGUUCGAAAAGUAUUUAGUGUGGAAGUUGUGUUUUAAACAAUAUGAUAUAGUAUAUACAUGAAUGUUUACUCGGAGACUUUAGAAAUGCCUAUUUGAAAUUGUUAGCCCUAACUAAUUCAAUAGGUUUUUCGAUGUAUUUUUUUUAUAUUACAUGCUGGUCUCGGCCCAUUCAAAGCUAAUACUCCAAGGAUGAUCAUUGUUUUUGAUGUACAUCGAGUCUUAGUUUGUUUUUGAUGUACAUCGAGUCUUAGUUUGUGAGUUUUCCUGAUGCUUGUAAAUUCCAAUGUUCAUGUCAGGAACUGGAGCAGGUAUGGUAGCUAUUCUCUUGGUACAUUUAUGGUUCAGUGAUUAAGGCAGGGUUUUAUUUGCUUUUGGGUUUGUUUGUUUGUUUGUUUUGUUUUUUGUUUUUUUACCUCUGAUGCUUUUAGCCAGAGGAAGACAUCAUUAUUUCUGACUUUAAUACUCUUUGGUAUUUAGUUCUUACAAGUCGUUUUACAGUAUUUUUGAUUUUCUGGUCAGUCUUAGUCUGUAAACUUAUCACAUCUUCAACUUCUAUUUUCCACAAAGUAUACCAGGGGUGUGAUUUUUCCUCUUUUCAGAGGAAAUCCUCUGAUUUGCACAAUUUUUGAAUAAAUGAAACACUCUGGAUUUGAUCUAAAGUGGCAGAAAAUGAUAUUUUUCCGGGUAGGGUGAGGUGUUUUCCUCCCUUUUUGACCAGUUUUCCUAUGAUUUCUGAGGAAUUCAGUCACAUCCCUGGUAUACUUGGGUAAAGGGGUUUGAAGUACACUCAAAUGAAGGGCUAUGCUCUAUUCCAAGGGGAGAUAAUUAAGAAAUGGUAAAAAAGGGGUGAGAUAUAUAAAAAAUCUUUUUCUCAAGGACCAGAAAAGCAGAAGAAACCUUGUAUGAAUUUUUUUUUACACAGGUACUGAAAAUUUUGUAUUUCUUCAUACCAUGGAAAAUCUUCUUUUCGAGAAAUGCAAGGAUUCAAACUGAGAUGCAAGUAUCCUCAUGUAGUGUAGUUUCGGGUUUGUUCAUACCAUGAUCCCCAUGGCCAGGGUGUGGUCAUAAUUGGGCUUCAAAGUCCCCUGCUGGUCCCUGAGAUCAUGGUUUAAACAUACUUGUAUCUGCAUAACAUUAGUAUGCUUUUUGAUCACAUUGUAAUCCGGUAUGCGUGUGAAUCUUGAGGAAGAUCAAAUUAAAUUUUUGUAUCAGCUUUAAUCCCCAUUAGGACCUCUUCCUGGCUCCAAGUGUUUUAGGUGUCAACUCUGUACUAGAUAAAAAUGCUUGUAUAUUAUGGGUGAUUUGUCAAAUUGUACCCUUGUUUUUCUUGUGGAGAAGAUUUUUAAGCAUAUUUCUAUGUAUAGCUUACUUGCCUUAUUUAGAAAUUUUGCGUAUUUCAAAAUAAAAAUAUUUCCCCAUCAA